UUCUUUCUCAUGUGGAGCUAAUGGGAAGGUAAAGCCUGUAACACAAACGGUGCUUGUAUUUAGUAAUAAGGGGGACGAGCACAAAGUAACAUGACAGCACUUUGACCUAACUUUGAGCAUUAUAUAAACUUAAGAGCGCGUGCCUCUUACAAACUGUAAUCCUACAAUAAUAAUCAAUGGAUAAUCUGUGAAACAUAAGAGCACUCAUGUGCUGCAAACUGUACAAAAAGUAGGUCAGUGCGUUUAUGAUCCGGGUGGUUUUUCAAGUCGUCAUGCAGAAAGAACAUUUAUUCAAAGUUCUAGUCAUCGGAGACCUCGGAGUUGGAAAAACGUCAAUAAUCAAACGAUACGUUCAUCAGAUAUUUUCUCAACAUUAUCGCGCAACUAUUGGAGUGGAUUUUGCUCUUAAAGUCCUUCCCUGGGACAGUCAGACGGUGGUACGGCUGCAGUUAUGGGACAUAGCAGGACAGGAGCGCUAUGGGAACAUGACACGGGUUUACUAUCGGGAGGCCGUGGGAGCCCUCAUAGUAUUUGACGUGACCAGAGCCUCCACGUUUGAUGCAGUGCUAAAAUGGAAAGACGACCUGGACUUAAAGGUCACUCUCAGCAACGGCAAACCUGUCCCAGCUGUGCUUCUAGCCAAUAAGUCUGACCAGUCACGUGAAGGUCUGCGUUCCCAGAUUCCAAAGCUUGAUACGUUCUGCAAAGAGAACGGAUUUGUGGGCUGGUUUGAGACCUCUGCAAAG